UCUGGUCCUUUUAAGUCUGCACUUUUCAGAGGGAGGACCCUGAGAAUCGUAUACAAACUCUUAGUCAAACAGCCACACUUGCCCCUACACACACUCGAGGCCCGCAGAGGACUGACUCUUCACCUAUCCUUUCACACAGAACAGGAAGUUGAAGUGACCUGACAUCAAGAUGGCAACAAAGGGAGUCACCAUGGCUAACAAGGGUCCAUCAUACGGCUUGAGCCGGCAGGUGCAGGAUAAGAUUGACAGCAAGUAUGACCCCGAGCUGGAGCAGAUCCUAGUGGAGUGGAUCAGCCUCCAGUGUGGCUCCUCUGUGGGCAAGCCCGAGGCAGGAAAACAUGGCUUCCAAACCUGGCUCAAAGACGGAUGUGUGCUGAGUGAACUGAUCAACAGUCUGUUCACCGGGGACAAGCCAGUGAAGAAAAUCCAGAGCUCCUCCAUGGCCUUCAAACAGAUGGAGCAGAUAUCUCAGUUCCUAAAUGCAGCUGAGAAGUACGGUGUCACCAAGACUGACAUGUUCCAGACUGUGGACCUCUGGGAAGGUAAAGACCUGGCAGCAGUGCAGAGGACCCUGUCGGCUCUUGGCAGUUUGGCUGUCACCAAGGAUGAAGGCACCUACAAUGGGGACCCUAACUGGUUCUUCAAGAAAUCGCAGGAGAACAAGCGUGAUUUCAGUGAGGACCAGCUGAAGGCGGGGAAAAGCGUGAUUGGCCUACAGAUGGGAUCCAACAAGGGAGCUUCUCAGGAGGGUAUGAGUUAUGGACGACCCCGGCAGAUCCUCUGAAAUCACUGAGACACAGACACCCAAGACCUCUUCAUGCCCAUUUAGAUCCUUUUAGAGCCUGUAGAGUCUAGCUGGUCCCCCACCUACACUUUUUUCCCUCUCCAAAACCCAAGCUGCCCCCCCCAUUCCCUUUCUGCUUUAGAAUGGAGCUGCUCUUUAUACCAUUAGGUUACUGAUGUUCUAAAUACCCCACUUUAGUGUCCUACUCUCUUAGAACUGCUCACAUUGACCUUUGCUGCCAUUGCAAAGCUCACCCUGCUUUGUCUCUCAUUAGGUCAGGAUCCAUAAAACAAUCAAUGUAGCCGUAGCUGUACCCGACAACCAGACCCAGCUGCUGGAUAAAGAAAAAAAAAAAAAAAACACAAAAAAAAACAGCAGAUAGAUGUAGUUAGUUCUCUUGCUUCGGAUGUAAAAUAAAAACUCUCCAAGAUUGUGUGCCGAAGACAAGUUAUUCCUAUGCAAAUUGUUAAUAAAGACUAAGAAACACA